GAGUGGGAAGGGCGUCUCACAGUCACAUCCACAAUUCCACAUUAGCACAAGGGCUGUUGGAAGAUAAGGGCUGCUCCAAAGUUGAGAGUGUUAUUCUUUUAUCAAAUUUGAACUUGGUCAUAAUGGCAUCUCCCGAAAAGAUCCAAGAGUUGAAAGACAUCGCAAAUAAACUGCGAAUUCACAGUGUGGUGCAAACUACUGCUGCAAAUUCUGGUCAUCCUACGUCAUGUGCAUCAGCUGCAGAAGUAAUGUCAGUGUUGUUCUUUCAUGUGAUGAAGUAUACAGGCGAUUUUCCAAGACAUCCUUCAAGCGAUAGGUUUAUUUUGUCUAAGGGCCAUGCUGCUCCUGUCUUGUAUGCAGCAUGGGCCGAAGCUGGUGUUAUUCCAGUGGAUGAAUUAAAGAACCUUCGUAAAAUUGACUCUGAACUUGAGGGUCAUCCAACACCUCGUCAAAGUUACAUUGAUGUUGCCACUGGGUCUCUUGGUCAAGGUCUUGGUGUUUCUUGUGGCAUGGCAUAUUGUGGAAAAUACAUUGAUAAAGCCAGCUACAGAGUUUAUUGCCUGAUGGGAGAUGGCGAGAGUGCUGAAGGUAGCGUAUGGGAAGCUUUUGCAUUUGCAAGCUAUUAUAAAUUGGACAAUCUUGUUGCUAUUAUUGAUGUUAAUCGUCUUGGUCAGAGUGAAGCUGCAUCACUUGGACAUGAUCUUGAGACUUAUCGCAAAAGAGCUGAUGCCUUUGGUUUCAAUGCUAUUAUUGUUGAUGGCCAUGAUGUUGAGAAACUCAUUGAAGCUUUUGAGACUGCUGCUGCUACUAAAGAUAAGCCAACAGCUUUAAUCUUGAAGACUUUUAAAGGAAAGGGUUUUCCUAAUGUUGAGGAUUUGGACAAUUGGCAUGGUAAGCCUUUGGGCCCUCAAGCUGAUGCUGCACUAGAGGCUGUUCGUGCUUUGAUUAAAAAUAAUGGCCCUCAUGGAAUUAAGCCUCUUGCAUUUGUUGAUGAUGCUCCUAAGGUUGAUUUGUCUGCAGUCAAACUAUCUGAGCCUCCAAAUUACAAACUUGGAGAUAAGCACGCUACUCGAAAAAUUUAUGGUGAUGCUUUGGUUAAACUAGGGAAGUCUUGUAGCCGUGUGAUUGCUUUAGAUGGAGAUACUAAAAACUCAACAUUUUCACUAACAUACAAGAAAGCUUUCAAUGAUCGUUAUGUUGAGUGCUUUAUUGCUGAGCAAAAUCUAGUUGGAGUUGGCACUGGAUUGGCUUGUCGUGAUCGUAAUAUUGUAUUUUGCAGUACUUUUGCUUGCUUUCUAUCCCGAGCUUUUGAUCAGAUUCGUAUGGGUGCGAUUUCUCAGACCAACUGCAACUUUGUUGGUUCACAUGCUGGUGUUUCAAUUGGUGAAGAUGGACCUUCACAGAUGGCUCUGGAAGAUUUUGCUAUGUUUCGUUCAGUUGCUACAAGUAUUUGCUUCUAUCCUUCUGAUGCUGUUAGUACUGAGCGAGCAAUUGAGCUGGCUGCACGUUCUAAAGGUAUUACUUUCACUCGUACUACUCGCCCAGCAACUCCAGUUAUUUAUUCUAAUGAUGAGAAAUUUGAAGUUGGAAAGGGAAAGCUUGUUCGCAGCUCUGAUAAAGAUCAAGUGACUGUUGUUGGAGCUGGUGUGACUCUGUUUGAAGCUUUGUCUGCUUAUGAUACUCUUAAAAAGGAGGACAUUACUAUCAGGGUCAUAGAUCCAUUUACAUUGAAGCCCAUUGAUACUCAGCUUCUGAUUGAUUCUGCUGCAGCAACUGGUGGACGUGUUGUUACUGUUGAAGAUCACUACCCUGAAGGUGGUUUGGGUGAAGCAGUUUGUGGUGCACUUACUAGUGUAAAGUCUUCAGUUGUUGUUCGACGUUUGGCUAUUCCUGAAGUUGCUCGUUCUGGACCUGGCAGUGUUCUGAUGGACAAGUAUGGCAUUUCUGCACGUGCCAUUGUGGAAGCUGUUAAGGACCUCUUGAAAUAAACUGUUUAACUAAUGUGCUUUGAUCAAUGACAAUGCCAGUUCAGUUAAUAUUUUUGUAGUUUAGUGAUUUUGUAUUAGAAUUUUAGCUGCUUUAGUUACAUGUUGUAGAAUUGAUAAUAAUUUUUGUUAGGUUGUAGAUUGUUUUUAUCAGACUUCAGUAAUUUGGCUUAGAAGUG